GACCAGCUGGUGCACUUGGUGCCGCCGCUGCAUAUCUUCGUGAGUACGCAAGCGUAUGAAAAUAGUAAUAAUACUUACGUUCUUUUAGCAUCAUCCUCAAAUCCGGCGGCUGCAGAUGCUGCCCCAACCCCGACCGGAGAGCACGAAGGCUUGAAUUCGCCAUUGCCGCCAGUCCCAAAUGCUAAAGAGAAGGAAACUGCACCCCUCUCCCCUAUUUUCUCUUCCAAUACCGAACCUCUCGUUGGAUCGUCUGUUUCCCCUGACGAGGAUGUGCAAGCCGCUCUCGAAAAGGCUGCAAACCCCGACGAGUACAAGGUAGAGGUUAUACCACCUAUGCAAAUGGAGGGGAAAGCAUCUACUGCCGCUGUGCCUCCUAAUCAGUUGAAGGAGGAUGAAAGCAGCAUCGUCGAGAGCACGCGUGCCGUGGGUGGGCAGACCCCGAUGACGCCGCUCUCAUCAGAGAAUGCUUCCUACAAAUUCACGGAGAAACCUGCAACAGCGGCGACAUCCCUUGGAGUUGGAGCUGGCGCUUUCGCAGCUGAUCAUGCUCUGAAAGAUCAAAAGGCUGCCGCCGAACGCCGUCAGGAUCUGGAGCCUACUACCAAGGACUCGUUCAUGCAUGUCGUCAUUCCCGCUACUCCUGGUGCUGGAAUGAACGAGCAAGAAAAGUUCGACACGAAAAAGUCGAGAAAUGGAACCCUCACUACACCUACGAAAAAGAAGGAGAGGAGCGGUUCAGUGAGUGCUGGAGAAGCCAGUCCUUCUAGUCCUUCCAAAGGUGGAGUGUUUAGUGGCAUUCGCAAGUUGACGAAGAAGAAGCAUAGGA